AUGGCUGGGUUUAAAGUGACAGUUGAACUUGCCGCGUCCGUCAUCCCAGUUCCAGCACUGCCCGUGUCGACCCCAUCAAACGUAAUGGCUCUUCCCACCGUGCCUGACGAUCUGGCAUGGCAAUUGGAAAUACCCAAAGAAUAUGAACGUACACUUUUUCCUAACCCUCAACUCUCUAUUAUCGACUUCGUCCACACCUUUACCCCUCCACCUGCAUGCCCAGAUCAGAAACAAGAAAUGUACCAACUUCCCACCGGCCACUCAUUUUUUCAGACAGGUUUACCAGACCUAGGAGACGUUUUGGCCCUCAUUCGGGUCAUGGUUCCUCCGAAAAGGAUUGUUGCGGAGCUUCUCAAAGAGGCAAAACAGAAAUGGUUGGAUGGCCAUUCUUCGCUCUCUGUCCUGGGAGAAGCACUCCUUAUCCCUUUGUGGGUCCUUUCCUUUUGGACACGCAUUCUCUUCGACAUCCUUCCUGUCCACCGUGAUUGGCAAAUAUCUCUCGAGUGGCUUCGACACGAUGAGUUUAAGCUAUUUCAAGGCCAAGUUCAGGAUGCCAUCCAUGCUCUUUCAGCCCUUCCCUGGUCAGGCUACCUUUCCCCCAUGUCAUCCAGCACCUCCAGCAUGAGCCUUCUCAAAUCCACCCUGUCGCCGUUCCUGUCACGCAAAUGGCUAUCCGACGAAAACACCAACCAAAUGACACACUUGCUCCAGAAGGGAGUUGAAGGGUCCAAAUCCCAUUCAAAUGUCAUCUUCUUGAGCAACCAGAUGGGGCGUACAAUCAUCAAUCUCUAUCUCAAUGAGAAAAGUGGGAAAUCAAAGUACAACCCAGAUGGAGGGGAACACUUUCAGCACUUUGGUGCAAGACUCUCGGGAAGUAGCCGUAUCGCAGGAAUCAUCCAUGUUAAUGGGAACCAUUGGGUUGCUGUCAUCGUUGACGUGGGAGAAGAGAAGUUCUGGUAUGGCGAUCCAGCACGCAGGUCUCCGGAUGUGAAUGUUCGGGCUGCAUUAUUGUGGUUCCUCUCAAAACAUGUUAUCCUGGUGGAGACUGCUGAUUUCGAAGAUGUCACCUUGCCCGCUCCCAUGCAGGAUUUCUCACUGGAUUGGUUUAAUUGCGGUAUCUUUAGCUAUAAUGCACUAUCACAUCAUUUCCUUCAUGAGCCUCUCCUUCGCAAUACACACAACCCCAUCUAUGGUGAUCUGGGUCGUAUUGGCAUGUUCUGCAAAUUAGUCGAUGACUAUAAGCUAAAUUGCCCCCCGGAAGAGGCUGCUCUUGCUAUUACAUUUGACGCCAAAUCAUACUUCGGUUUGAAGGAGUACCAACACGACUCAGACCACAGCCCCAGCCCACCCAUCACUCCUCGACCUGCCACUCCGCCACCUCAUAAAGACGCUCUUGUAUUAUCAAAAGCUCUCAAACAGAUGUCUGUUUCACCAAAGAAACCAAAGGCGAAGAAGAAGAAGACUGCGACAGCUGACCCAAAGAGUGCUCGGUCAGUCGUAGCACCUAUUUUCCAGAUUCCAACAGGCAGGACAAGCUCAAAGGUUUCCAAGAAGCGGAGAUGGGAGGAGAGCGAUGAUGAGGAAAACUUGAAGGCUCGACCACCAAAGCACACUGGCUCUGAGGACUCUGACACCUCUGAUUCCCCGAUUGCACGUAAUCCAGGUCGUCCCCGGAUUGGUCUCCUCAAUAAAUUUACAGUAGCACCCAACACUCGGCGAGGGGAGGUGCAAGCACAUCGCUGUAUCAGCAAAGGCUGCCCAAAGGUUCAUAAGCCACGAUCCCGUAUCCGAGUACUCAACCAUGCGAAACGAUGCCUGAAACUCACCUCUGACCAAUGCAAGAUGGCCUCAGCAGCCAGUUCAAAGGAUGCCCCCAGUGCAGUGGUGGAGAACAGCCUCAAGACCCUGCCCUUUGGCUCGUCCACUUCCCAAUCCUGUGCCCCCAACCAGGAAGCCCCACAGCCAGCAAGCUACCAGGGCGAGCUGCAGGGAAGUGUCAUUGUUGUUCGCUCUUCCACCCCUUUAACUCCAUCAACACCCCCCAUAACCGACAAGCUUGCAUUCUUUGUUCGCGUUGCUCCUGCGGUCAUGGAUCUUGAUGAGUGGAAGGCUAUGUUUCUCUUGCAAACUCCCAGCUACUCACCGGCGUCGCGAACAACUCUGAUGGAGAACCAUAUUAUGUCAGAGCAGGACCUCUCGUUUGAUGGUGGUUCGAUCCGGAGUGGCGACUCGUUGUAUACUGUGCAUGCCACAACAGAGGAGCGUCGUGUCAUGCUGAUUGAGGGGCAAGAAUGCACGAACGUUUCUCAUACUGGUCGAUGGAUUGCAGACUUAGUUCUGAGUGUGAUGGACUUAGUAGGACGCGACCACUUUAUAGCUGUUUCUUCCGAUAACACAGGGAAUACACGAGUCGCGCGAGAUAUUCUCUCGGAUGAGGUGCCACUCCUCCUCAACCUUCCAGAUCCAGCACAUCAUCUUAACAACACAUGGAAGGAUAUCGCAAACCUGCCCUAUUUCAAAGAGCUCAUCAAACAAAUUCGGACAAUAAUAAAGUACUUCAAGCAUGUGAAUUUUGCGAAGGCUCUUCUCAAGGAACUUCGAGAGAAGAUGAACCUUGGGCCUGGUCUCGAAAGCAUUGGGAAAACCCGGUUUUCAACAUUGCUUUGGUCUGCAGAAUCCCUCAAGUGUUCCCUCAUUGCAAUCCUAGAGUUAGUUCAGGCUCAGAGGAUAGAAAUUCCGAAAGCCAAUCAUAUAUUUCUCAAUGAGAACGCGUGCCUCCACUUCAAGAUUCUACUGGUGCAAUUCAUCGAAGUCGGAAGCAGCAUUGCGCAGGCAAUCGAGUGCCUGGAAGCCAAGUCUGCAACUCCUGCCGAUGUCUACUUGUACUGGCUCGCCAUCCUCACAUCUAUGAAGCAGGCUCUCGAAGGUUCCUUCCUGCCCGACGACGUGAAAGGAGAGAUCCAUGGUAUCAUGAAUGCACGAUGGCGCAAGUUCUUCGUCGAAGGUCCUACCAAUGCCCAUCUGGUUCCACCUGGUAUCAACAACCCGAGAACAUUCCUGCAGGUCGGCGACUAUCUCUUCCACCUCCUCACAAUUGAGAUCCAGAAAGGCACCGACCCGUUCCUGACAGCCUGGAAGGGAAAAGCACGUCAGUUUGACGUUGCCUUUAGGGCCCAAUUCACAGCAUAUGCCCAGGGUGCUCACCCAUUCACAACACCUUUGGGUUUCGGGGAAAACCCAUACAACUGGUGGCAAGCCUUCGUUGGCACCUCGAACGGCGGGAUUCUUGCGGCUAUAGCGGUGAAAUUAUAUGCUGCUGUUCCACAUUCAAUGGCCAAUGAACGCACCAUGUCAUCAAUAACUCUCCUGAACACAGCUCAGUGCAAUCGCCAGCAGGUGCCAACUGUAAUUGCAAUGGCUCAGAUAAACGGAUAUUAUAAAGGAGAGAAACCGAGGAAGCUUCGGAAGUCCUCGCAUCCUAAUCCUCUCCUCAAAUUCUUUGACAUCAAUCGCCUACUUCGCAGUAUUGAGAACGACAAUGACGAUGGGAAAGCUGCACCCGACUACGAUGAAUCUGAAGAUGAGGAAGAUGUUGUAUUGAGAGGCAAGGACGAAGACCCGAACGCACCGUUACGCCCACCACCCUCUUCCGACUCGUUACUUUUUGAUUCGUCCGACGAUGAGAUCGAGAUGGAGUCAGAGGAGCUGGAGGAGAUCCUCACCGAUGCACCAGCUUUCAGGAGGAUAAAGAAGGACAGAUUCACGCCUGUGGUUGAGGAGGUGGUUGAGGAUGGAGGCGAAUUCAAGCUCGGCCCGUGGGUACAGGGCGUUGGGAAGUAG